GUUGUUCUUUACUGUUUUUUCUGCCUUGGGCUUUUUGCUUUGGAUAUUAUAAUGGUAUUGUAUAGACAAGUAAACUGAGCCCUACACAAGAUGACUGGAUGUCCAGCUAUGAAAUGUACUCCAUACGUAUCCCUCUCCCCGCAAUUAUCUAUGACCCCGUGGGGUGGAUAUGCGACUAUUUCGCGCCCCGCAUUUCAAGGUAUGCAACGUGCCCCAGCUUAGAUCUGGAAUUCGUUGUCGAGCCAAUGCUUGCUGACGACUUUUCCUUCGUCGAAUCCCUUCUUAGGGGCCCGCACGAUGAUCGCUGCAUGGCUAUGUCGGUGAUUGUGAAUGUAGACCGGGUAUUUGCGGAAUCCCACAGCAUUGAGGGAGUCGAUUACGGCGAUCUGGGCGGGCGUGAGAGCGAGGGCGGGAUACUUUCGGUCUGUGCUGGUGGCAUCAUCUGUUUCUUUGUGAUCGUCGCGGUCUCGUGAAGGUGUGGUUUCUCUAGCUUUCGGUCUGGGAGAAUUCCGUUGUCUAAUUGAUUCUUCGCCGCCUGUCUUGGAGACUGAGAGGUAUUCGGGGUGUUGUCUGAACCCGACGUCCUCGUAUGCUUUUCCUAUGGCGCUCUGCACUCCCUCAGCCAUUGCAUGAGGCAACCGGUAUUGUCUAAACAGUGUUCCGCUCUUCUCUUCCUCAUGAAGAAAAGCGGCAGAAUGAUGGAAAGGAAAAGAACAACGAAGGUCCAGAGCA